AUGGAUAAUUUUGAACGAACGGAACGCGAACUUUUAGAACAAUCAAAAGUCGCUACGUUAGGUGAAUUUUUCAUAUGGUUACAAAGAUGUGAGGAGUGCAUCGAACAACUCGAGGAACGUAAUCGUGUCAAGCGUCCUCGACUUGCUAUCGGACUAAGACAAUCUAUGGUGGCGAGAAUCGCUCGACUCGCGGGUGAAAAGGUGCGACUGGAAAGACGUUUUAUGCACGUUGGUGGUAACUACGCGAGCAUUAGUGACGAUACUAAUAACGCAAGACUUGAGUGGCGUGAAAUAGAUACUGCAUUCGAGAGCCUCGCGCUAAAAGACAUUAAAAAAUUCGAGCGACUCAAUAACAACAUUUCCAUUAAUGUGUACGGCAUCGAAGAGGAAAGAUUUAUCCCCCUGCGACUUUCCGAUGACAAGAAGGACAAACACGUAAACUUAUUGUACAUGCAAGACGAGGGCAACGUGGGACACUUCACGUGGAUAAAAAAUCUCUCCCGGCUCGUGGGAUCACAAUUGAGUAAAAAGGAACACAAAAAGUACAUUUGUGAUCGAUGCCUACAUUACUUUAGUUCUGAGGAAAAGUUAGAAUCACACACAGCGGACUGUAAUCAGAUGAACGACUGCGCAAUACUUUUACCGAGUGAAAAAGACAAGUGGUUAAAAUUCCAUAACCCCAAACACAAGGAGCGGCUACCCUUCAUCGUAUAUGCCGAUUUGGAGUGUGUGCUGCAGAAGACGCAAUCUAACAUGGAGCAAGAAUCAACAUCAUACAAAUACCAACACCAUCAGGUAUUUAGCAUUGGAUACUACAUGCAAUGCUCAUUUGACGAUACGUUAUCCGUGUAUAGAUUUCGUCGCGAUCCUGAUUGCGUCACGUGGUUUACAAAACAGCUAGAAGAAUUGUUACAUAAUGUUAAGAUGCGUUUAUCCGCUAAUGUUCCCAUGAUUCCAUUGUCAAAAGAACAGUGGGAGGUAUACCGUAACGCGACACGUUGUCAUAUUUGUAAUAAUUUGUUCGAGCCGGAUGAUACGCGAGUGCGCGAUCAUUGCCAUUUAACCGGUAAAUAUUGUGGUCCUGCACAUUCAAAUUGCAACUUGAAUUAUAAAAAUUCAUAUUACAUUCCAAUAGUUUUCCACAAUUUAUCAGGUUACGAUUCACAUUUCAUAAUAAAGGAAAUAGCAACCGCGUUUGAAGGUGAAGUUAGUUUACUACCAAUCACAAAAGAAAAGUACAUUUCUUUUACCAAAACCGUUAAAGAUACCACCGAAGAAGAUUCACAAAAACAUGUCCAGUUAAGAUUCAUAGAUUCAUUCAGAUUUGUUAACACUAGUCUUGAUAAAUUAGCGUCAUAUCUCAAUACCGAUAAAUUAAAAAUUGUACGUUCAGAAUUUUCAAAUUUAUCUAGUGAAGAAUUUAGUUUAUUAACGCGGAAGGGUGUAUUUCCUUAUGAAUAUGUGAAUUGCGCGGACAAGUUGCAGGACACGUGUUUACCGCCGCGCGAAUCAUUUUACAGUAACCUGACCAGUGAUACGGUGUCCGAGAGCGAUUAUGCGCAUGCUGAGAAUGUCUGGAAGCGAUUCUCUAUUCAAACGCUAGGUGAAUACAGUGAUUUAUAUUUAAAAACAGAUGUUUUGUUAUUAGCUGACAUUUUUGAAAAUUUUCGUGACACAUGUAUUCAAAGUUAUGGUCUCGAUCCUGCACAUUAUUAUACACUCCUCGGAUAUACGUGGGACGCUAUGCUAAAAUAUACUAAAAUUACAUUUGAACUACUCACAGACAUUGAAAUGAUAUUGUUCAUUGAGCGCGGUAUACGUGGAGGUUUAAGUCAAUGUUCAGGUAGAUAUGCGCAAGCGAAUAAUAAGUACAUGCAGUCGUACGACUCAUCUAAACCGUCGUCGUAUCUGAUGUACUUCGACGUCAAUAAUUUAUACGGAUGGGCAAUGUGCCAACCUUUGCCUUACGCUAAAUUUCAAUGGGUUGAAGAUAUCUUAAAUUUUAACGUGAACGCAAUCGCUCCGGAUUCAUCCACUGGUUACAUUCUCGAGGUUGAUCUCGAGUAUCCUCAAAAUCUUCACGACGCGCACGCCGAUCUACCGUUCUGUCCGACGCGCGACAAGCCGCCCGGUACGCGAGAAGAGAAAUUGCUUGCAACUAUUUGCGAUAAGAAGCGUUACAUCAUUCAUUAUCGCAACUUGCAACAAUGCAUGCGUCAUGGUCUCGACGUAACACAAAUACACCGCGUGUUAAAAUUCGCACAAUCUCCAUGGCUCCGCAAGUAUAUAAAAUUAAACACACAAUUCCGAACCCUUGCAAAAAAUGAUUUCGAAAAAAAUUUAUAUAAACUUAUGAAUAAUGCGGUAUUGGGGAAAACUAUGGAGAAUGUGCGCAAUCACGUUGACGUAAAACUGUUAACGAAAUGGGACGGACGGUACGGCGCGGAGGCAAUGAUCGCAAAACCUAAUUUUCAUAGUAAAAGCGUAUUUUCGGAGAACCUAAUCGCUAUCGAACUGCGUAAUCUCGAGGUGAAAUUCAACAAGCCGAUCUACGUAGGAAUGUGUAUACUCGACAUUUCCAAAAUCUGUUUGUAUGAAUUUCACCACGAGUACAUGCUACCACUGUAG